CUUUAUUCUUCUCGUCAUCAAUAUGGAAAUUGGAGAAGUUGAAGUCUUUGACUCACUAAGCAAAAAAUCGGAAUUAUACGUGUCUUGUUUUUUAAUGCUCAGAAGCGUAUGGCAAACUUUCAUCAAGGAAGAUACGUCCCGUGAAUGGACACCGAAGCUGCGAUGGCGUGCGAAAAAAUGCCCGCAACAACCACAAGGGACCGAUCUCUGUGGAUUCUUCGUUUGCGAGUACAUCCGCAGAAUUGUCAGCGAGAGAACGAAUAAUGAAAGAAAUAAAGAGUUGGCAAGAAAGCGGAACAAGCUCUCAAUCGAUGACCGCUUCAUAGCAAUAGGCGAGGAAUUGGCGGGAUUUUUCCUUCGGGGCGUCAUACCACCAUUCGCAGAGUACCACUAUGAAUGAAGAUGUACAUGUUACAUAUAUAGUUGACUCGAAGAGUACCACUA